CGUCCAGUCACUUUCAACAACUAUUUAAGUUUACAAUGUGGAAACCAGCGAAUGUCAUAGAGGCAAUGUUGCCGAUUUUUCUUGUAAAUGCGAUAUUUUGUCACGGAAUAUUCCAAUACCCUCACUUAGAUAAAUCUAAAUUAUAUUAUUCUUUAAUAUUUUCAAUUACUACGACUAUAGUCUUCUUCAUGUUUUUCAUGUAUGUGUUUUUAAAUUGGACGGAUCGAUUUUUAUCGACUUCUCCCAAAGGUAUUUAUUAUGUCAACACAGGUAUAAUGAUUUUGGCUAUGAUUAUUAAUGUUAUUGCCGGCUGGACUCACAAAGACAAAAGUAUGAAGAUUAAUUUGCGAGUAAUUAAAGUCGAUAAAACACUAAAAAAAUUGGGAGUUCCAGUAAAUGCGGAAAAAGAAUUUUACAUCAUCAUCAUGAUUGUCUUCAUUUGGAUAAUUUUUUUAUUAUUUUUGGAUAUUUCUCAUAUCGUAUCAACCGAAAAAAGUGAUGAUCUAUCAGAGAAAACUAUGCGCUCAAUUAUUCUUCAACAUGGCCACCAUGUAAACAUUUUGAUUAAUGCUAUUUUUUGUCUGUUUGUAAAGCAUAUGAAAAUACGGUUCAAGAGUUUGAAUAAAGUUUUGCUUGAUAUUUUUCAAUUACAAGACAAUGAUUCAAAGCAUAAGAAAAAUACUGAUUACAAGUGGGCUGUAUCGAGAAGGAUUAAUUUCGAGAAAGAUUUUAUGAAAAUUCUUCAUGAUGUUAAGCGCAUUCACCUAGAAUUAGGAAUUCUGUGUCGUGAAAUAACAAAAAUUUAUGGAAUACCGAUAGUUUUAUCGAUGAUUACAGCAUUUAUAAACAUUUCUUCCUUAAUUUUGAUUACUUACAUAAUAAUAAUAAUGAGUCCUCAAAAUCCCAAUUUCGACAAAUCCGUUAUAGUAUCUAGCUUACUUCUUUGGGUCAUAGUUUUCAGUUUAAGAAUAUUUGUCAUUAAUUAUAAUUGCGCUGAAUGCAUACUCGAGUGGAAAAAAACCGGCGAAAUAAUUCACACAUUAGAGUUCGACUCUAAAAACAAAGAAUUUCAAGAAGAAAUUAAACAAUUUUCAAUUCAAAUACUCCAAAACCCGCUCAAGUUUUCUCCCUGCGGAUUAUUCGAUCUCGGGUAUUAUUUUUUAAGAGACUUUGCUGGGACUGUAACUGCGCAAAUUAUCCUUUCUAUUCAGACUUAUCGAUUUACGUCUAAGUGAAUUACGGAAAUAUUUUAUCGCUAAUAAUCGUUUCGCUAAUGUAUUAGGUUAUAAAUGUAAUGAGUUAAGAGUACAAUAAAAUAUUGUGCAAUGAUUAAAAUCAAGCAGUCAUAUUUUGACCACUAGUGUGAUCGGUGAUGUUUUUAUAAAAUGUUCGGAAUAAAUUACAAACCCGAAAACUUGACCAAGUCAUUGCUGCCGAUUUUGAUAGUCAACUGGAUUUUAGGUCAUCAAUUGAUCCACUAUCGUGUAGAUAGUCUCAAUUUUCUGCAAACAUUCAUUUAUUUAUCAUUUAUUUCGUUUAUUUAUGUGGUUGGCUUAUAUUUUUCGAUUUCAUACUUAUACUUAGCUUCUUGGUUCCAAGACGUAUACAAGUACUUGGGGGUAGUUGGUAUGAUGCUCAUUAUAAUAAGUAUCAUCUUCAUUCUCGGUUGGAUUCUCAAAAAAAAAGCACGAAUUGUUGAUAUGAAAAACCGAAGACUUGACAAGCGACUUGAGGAACUAGGUAUUAAAAUUGACACUCAGGAAGCUUUCAAUUUUUGUCUGAUCGUAACAAUUGCGUGGGUUACAAACUUAUUGAUAAUUAAUGUGACGACUUCUUUAUGGCUUUUUGGUACGGAAGAUGCUUUUAAGAAGAUUACUGCGAUUAAUAUCACACAUCUUCCAUUGUAUAUUAGUUAUUUAUUCAAUUUGACUUUCGGGUUGUCUAUACGACACAUGGCGCUCAGAUUUCGAGUGGUCAAUCAAGCGAUUGCCAAAUUUGAAAUUCAAGACAAUAAAUUGGCGAUUGUAAACGACUUUUUUUACGACAAAAGACGAAUAAGUAACAAUCGUGCUAAUUCUUUUCAAGAUACUUCGAGUUAUUUGAAUCAUCUUCUUCAAAUUUUCCGGUAAAUUG